GUUCGCGUGUCGUCCGAGUCGGGAUAGAUUGUUAGUGGUUUAGUGGCAGAUUCUUUGAAUCACUAGAGUGUGAAGUGUGCUGUUAACAAAUUGGUUGACCGGUUUUUUUACUUUGUUGCUUUAAUUGUUUGCCAAAGGAGAAAGGCUGGGUAGGAACUUCCGUUUGCGGUUCAACUCCUUCCAUAGCAGGCGGUGUUUUGUGUGCUGUAACAGUUUGACAGUCUGUAGACGAUGGCAUCCUCGAGAGCAAUGAAUGCCGUCAUUCUACUGGUGGCGGCAUUUGUCACGCUAGCUGGCAGUGCCAGCGUCUCCGUCACGGAGACCUCCUAUACCAGCUAUCGAUUGCCGAAGGCUUUUCACCCCGAACAUUACGAUCUGCAGGUGUUGACUCAUCUUGGUGACGAGCGAGGGUUCACCUUCCACGGUCGAGUACUUAUUCGGAUGCUCUGUGACGAGGAUGCCACCAAUGUGACGUUGCAUUCGAAAAACCUCACCAUCACGGGAGAAGACGUCAAGCUGGUGGAGCUCUCGGAUAGUGCUUCCAAGAGUGUGGAAAUCAAACGUACUCAGUUUAUUACCGAUAACGACUACGUCGUGUUUCACACCGGAGAGUUUCUCAAAAAAGGAUAUCGCUAUGAGAUCAGCAUUCCGUUCAGUGGCUACUUGGGGACCGGACUGCUCGGAUACUAUCGCAGCAGUUAUGUGGACAAGCAAACCCAACAGAAAGUCUGGCUGUCGGUGACCCAAUUCGAACCAACGUACGCCCGGCAGGCAUUCCCCUGCUUCGAUGAGCCGGAAAUGAAAGCCACCUUCGACGUAUCGCUAGGACACCACAAGAAGUACAUCGCCCUCAGCAACAUGCCGAUCAACCGAACGGAACCGAUGUCCUCCACCGCCGUCGACUGGGUGAUGGACUACUUCGGAACGACGGUCCCGAUGUCGACCUAUCUGGUAGCGUACACGGUAAAUGAUUUCGAGUACCGCGAGUCGGCUGCCAAGAUGGAAGGUGACGUUGUGUUUAAGAUCUGGGCCCGGCGCGAUGCAAUUGAUCAGGUGGACUACGCACGGGAGGUUGGUCCUCGUGUGACUCGCUUCUACGAGGAAUAUUUUGCGGAAAAAUUCCCUCUACCCAAGAUCGAUAUGAUUGCAAUUCCGGACUUCUCGGCAGGAGCCAUGGAGAAUUGGGGCUUGAUUACGUACCGGGAAACGGCCCUUCUCUACCAUCCGAACAUCUCGACCGCGAGCAAUAAGCAUCGGGUUGCGUCGGUGAUCGCACACGAAUUGGCCCAUCAGUGGUUUGGAAAUCUAGUUACGAUGAAAUGGUGGACGGAUUUGUGGUUGAACGAAGGUUUCGCCACGUACGUGGCUAGUUUGGGCGUCGAAUAUCUGCAUCCGGAGUGGCACUCGCUGGAGGAGGACUCGGUCGAUAAUACGUUGAGUAUUUUCAAGUUUGACGCUCUCACUAGCAGCCAUCCGGUUUCGGUGGAAAUCGGUCACCCGAAUCAGAUUUCGCAGAUUUUCGACGCGAUUUCGUACGAUAAAGGAUCCACGGUUAUCCGCAUGAUGCACCUCUUCUUGGGGGAAGCAACCUUCCGCAAUGGCGUACGGCGCUACCUGAAGCAUCACAAGUAUUCAAAUGCCGAACAGAAUGACUUGUGGGCUGCCCUGACGGAGGAGGCUCGCGUGAACGGUGUGCUGCCGAAGAACGUGGAUGUGAAAACCGUGAUGGAAUCAUGGACACUGCAGACGGGUUACCCUGUGAUCUCGGUAACACGCGACUACGAAGCGCGAACCGCCGAUAUUACGCAGGUGCGGUUUUUGUCGGACCGAGAGCAGCAGCAAAACUUUACCGAUUACUGCUGGUGGAUUCCAUUGACAUUUGCAAGCUCCGAAAAUCCAGACUUCGAUAAUACACGCGCCAAAGAUUGGAUGAUGUGUGGCUCGAAUGAACUACGCAAAGGACCAGUCAAAAUGGUGGACGACAUGCCUGGCAAAACGGAAUGGGUGUUGUUCAACGUCCAGCUGGCUGGACUUUACAAGGUCAAAUACGACAAGGCUAACUAUCGAUUGAUUGUGAACCAACUCAACGGUGAUAAGUAUACGACAAUCAGUCUGGCUAAUCGUGCUCAGCUGAUCGACGAUGCUAUGGAUUUGGCCUGGACUGGAGAACAGGAGUACGGUAUUGCGUUCGCAAUGAUGAAUUACCUCCGGCAGGAGACGGAGUACAUUCCUUGGAAGGCGGCGUUGAGUAAUCUAAACGUUAUCAAUCGCCUGUUGAAGCGCACUCCAAUCUAUGGCGUGUUCCGUAGCUAUAUUCAGUUUAUAAUUGAACCUGUGUAUGAGCGAUUGGAGAUCUUUAGUAAGACCCGUGAAGUGAGUCAGCGUUUAGACGCUACCAAACAGCUGGUGCAGAUUGCAGCCUGGGCUUGUAAGUUCGACGUUGGUGAUUGUGUCGAACAGUCGGUUGCUCUGUUCGCCAGCUGGAUGACCGUAACCGAUCCUGACACAAGCAAUCCCGUCCCGUUGGAUCUUCGCUCGGUCGUCUACUGCAAUGCCAUUCGUAACGGGAAGGAAACCGAGUGGAACUUUUUGUGGAAGCGCUACCUCAACAGUAAUGUUGGCUCGGAGAAGGUCAUGAUCAUCGGAUCGCUGUCCUGUACACGCGAGGUGUGGCUGGUCGAGCGGUUCCUGCUGUGGUCCCUCAACGGAACGUCCGGCGUACGCAAGCAGGACACCACCAUUCUAUUCGGUGGGGUUGCCAAGGGAGACGUCGGAUACCAUCUGGCGAAGAGUUUCUUCCUGGACAACGUGGAGCAGAUUCACAGCUAUUUAUCCCCGGACACGUCCCGCCUUUCGCGCUACCUGAAACCACUGGCCGAGCAGAUGUCCACGAUGAAGGAACUACAGGAGCUGAAGGACCUCAUCGGAACCAAGCAAACCGUCUUCGAGAAGGCCACCCAGGGCGUGAAGCAAGCGCUGGAAAUGAUCGAGAUCAACCUCCAGUGGAAAACGACCAGCUACAAUCAGCUGGCCCGGUAUCUGCCCCUGCUGAACUACCGCUCUGGCAGCCUGGAUGUGAUGGAGCUGUUCUAGGACCCGGUUCGACGGACUUUUUACCUUGGUCUCUCUAAGGGGUAUGCCCGAUGUUGUUUCGUACGCCAAUUUCGUCCAGUUUUUUGUUGUUUUCUGAUGUAUUUUUCAACUAGUUCUGCUUAAUGUAUUUUCUAGAAAUUCAAAAAAAUAAAACGGUUGACUUGAAA